CCUUACAAGCUCAAAGGACCCCGUCAUCCUGCCCGACACACUGCUGUCGAGCCACGGUUUCAAGGACGCCGGUACUCCCGAUCAGCCCGCUACUCCUCCAACAACGACUUGUAUCUACAAACUACCCUGUACAGCUUACGCAACCAGAACCGCAUGACCAUUAGUAGAUCCCUUGUGUUGGUGUAUUUCAGCAGCUUGAUGCACUUCACAUGAACAUCAAGUUCGGUGGACGUUGGGGGAGAGCCAUUCCCCGACGUUUCGUUGCCACAAAACAUUCGGUUUCCGUUUCGGGCAAAAGCAGGUAAAGAUGAACUGCGAGCGACACCUAACCCUCAUGCACUACUCGAAGCCAACGCCGCUCAAGCAUGUAGACCACAGGUCCCACCACAACUUCGAAGAAAUACUUGGACGUUACCCUUACCUCCGUGAAAUACAGACGCAAAUCUCAAUUCGGAGGUAGCCUAGACCAUCUCCGUGACGCUCAUGCACACCACCGUCUUUGCCCUGACAUGCUCGAAUGCAUACACUCAUCGUCAUCUUCUCCUCCCCCCUCACUGCAUACGAAGGCAUUGUAAAUUCGAAGAGUCGAUGUUGAUCCUCAGAUCGAAGAUCCGCUGUCGCAAGGGACAUGUUGAAUGCUCGAAGGACCGGAAGACUAACGGGUGGAGAUGAUUGUGUUGUAUUCGCGCACGUUUGAGCCGGUGUUGGGUGGUCAACGUGGUUUUGGGGGGAUUUGCGGAGAGGGAGGUCGCAGGCGCAGGGGAGGAUGAGGAGCUGAUGUUGACUAGGAGAUGUAGGAGUGAGUGGGCUAAACGUUGAACGUUGAACUUUGAAUGCCAGGAGGCUGAGCUGUCGUGGGUCAUAUAUUUGGUUGUGUCGUCGAUCGAGGGAGGAUUGAGCGGCUGGGG